AAGGUGGGGCAAAAACAAAAAAAACUAAAAACUUGAAAGUUCUUCGGGGAAGAAGAAGAAGUGAACUCUGAUACGUGUUGAGAGGUUCACUGGCCCGAGUCGUCCCAGUGUUCCAGGCUCCGCGGAGAAAAGUUCGUAGAAAAGUUUUUUGUUCGGUUCGUUUCCCCCCUGACACGAUGUUGACAGGAGACGCAGCAGCCGCAGUCCUCGCUGUGCUCUCGGGCUGCUGAAGGUUCACCUGGGACACGCUUCACUUCCUCGUCCGGACUCGACCGCGGGUGUUUAUGUGUCGUGUCGCGGCUGGUCGGAGGACUGUAGCCGGAUCCCCUGCCGCCGCCCGGACCCGUCGGACCCGUCCGAUCAGUCGGAUCUCUCGGAUCUCUCGGAUCAGUCGGACCCGUCGGAUCAGUCGGAUCUCUCGGAUCAGUCGGAUCUCUCGGACCGCUCCUGCAGACAGGUACUGCGUGCGUGCGUGCAUGUGUGUGUGUGUUUACCGGCCCUAAUGGUAGCAGCUAGAUAACCUCAGCUGUGAGAGGAUCGGACCACCUCACCAUGACGGAGGUCCAGACUCCAUGGCCGCAGGGCACAGAGUGUGUUGCCAGGUACAACUUCAAAGGCACAUCGGAACAGGACCUGCCCUUCAACAAAGGAGACGUGUUGACUAUCAUCGGCGUCACAAAGGAUCCCAACUGGUACAAAGCUAAAAAUUCUGCAGGUCGUGAGGGAACAAUCCCGGCCAACUAUGUUCUGAAAAGGGAAUGCGUCAAAUCUGGGGGCAAGCUCAGUCUAAUGCCAUGGUUUCACGGGAAGAUAACGCGGAAUCACGCAGAGGAGUUGCUUUGCCCGCCUGAAACGGGCCUGUUCUUAGUGCGAGAGAGCACCAACUUCCCCGGCGACUACACCCUGUGUGUGAGCUGCGAGGGCAAGGUGGAGCACUACCGCAUCAUCUACCACAACGGCAAGCUCACCAUUGACGAUGAGGGUUUUUUUGAGAACCUCAUGCAGCUGGUUGAGCACUACACCAAAGAUGCAGACGGCCUGUGCACCAAAUUAAUCAAGCCAAAGCUGGAGGAGGGCACGGUCGCCGCUCAGGAUGAAUUUUCCAGGAGUGGCUGGUCGAUGAACAGAAAGGACCUCAAACUGCAGCAGGUCAUUGGAAAAGGAGAAUUUGGAGAUGUCAUGGUGGGAGACUAUAGAGGGACCAAAGUAGCUGUGAAGUGCAUAAAGAGUGAUGCUACAGCUCAGGCUUUUAUUGCUGAGGCGUCUGUCAUGACGCAACUACGGCACAAUAACCUGGUGCAGCUGCUUGGAGUGAUUGUGGAGGAAGAGGGGAGUCUCUAUAUCGUAACCGAGUACAUGGCCAAGGGCUGUUUGGUCGACUACUUGCGUUCCAGAGGCCGGACAGUACUCGUUGGAGAUGCUCUCCUUAAUUUUGCACUAGACGUCUGUGAAGCCAUGGAGUACCUGGAGGCAAACAACUUUGUCCACCGAGACUUAGCAGCCCGAAACGUUCUCGUGUCUGACGACAACAUCGCCAAAGUCAGUGACUUUGGUCUGACGAAGGAGGCCUCUUCCACUCAAGACACUGCGAAGCUGCCUGUGAAGUGGACAUCACCAGAGGCCCUCAGAGAAAAGAAAUUUUCCACUAAAUCGGACGUAUGGAGCUACGGUAUUUUGCUGUGGGAGAUUUACUCUUUUGGCAGAGUGCCUUACCCAAGAAUUCCAUUAAAAGAAGUAGUGCCUCGGGUGGAGAAAGGAUACAAAAUGGACUGUCCGGAUGGCUGUCCUGAGGUGGUGUACAACAUCAUGAAACAGUGCUGGAACCUAGAUCCUGCUGCUCGGCCAAGCUUUCAGAUGCUGAAGGAGUGGCUCCAACAUAUCACCCAAGGGAGGGGAAAAAAACAGUGAGACAUCUGACAGAACAGAAGCCAAAAGUGACUUUCCUCUUCCUUCAUUUUGACGAUGAAAAAAAAUUUAUCUCACACAGACUGUAUUAUUUGGUAAAGUUCACAACAAAUACGCUUUUCAUGAACUGUUCGUUAUGAAAAAGUUGUGUCAAAAUGUUGGUUCCUUUGAGUCUCAGGUUGUUGAAACUGCAGUGACUCUUCGUUACUGCCUCAGUUGCUCUUGUCUUCUUGCGCUCUGUUAUCAAGAGUGAAUGAUUGACUGUCCUAUCGACGAGUGCUGCCUCAGAGCCAUAGUCUCUUGACCUGUUUUUAUAUUUCCUAUGUCUUUUCCAUUGGUAUCUUUGGUCUUAUUGGUGGAAUCAUUAAUUUUAUGAACUUGUGAACAGCGUUUGACAAAAGUUGACUGAAUCCACGGUAUGGGUUCAAAGAGGGAAAACGCUUCAAAGUGCAAUUUUGAUACGUUAUUACUCGCUUUAUUCAUAUUUUUUUUUGCCAGCCAGGUACACCUUUUUUUUUGCGUGGAUUGGUGAAUGUUAAAUAAAUUUGUUAAAAGGACUCAGUUUAAAUAAUUCUUAUUAUGCAGCUUUAUUUGUUCAAGGUAUAUUAUUUUUAAUAUGCCUACUUAUGGAUCUCUCAAAGACGUCAAAGAAAGAAGACAAGUUUGGACUAAUGUCACCUUUACUACUGAUAUAAUGACAUCAUACAAACUCAGUCAUGUCAUCAUUCCCAUGUACAGAAUUUCCAUCUGAAAAAAAGUUUUAUUUUGAGAAUUUGGGGAUUUAACUGAAAUAAAUGCAUUUUGUAUGUUAUAAGAAAGAAAGGAUGUUAAAAAAUUUACUAUGUUGCUAUUUUCAAAAAUAAAAAAAAAAAUCUUUUGGAAAA